AUGCUGACUAGACAGAUGGAUUCUUUCGGAACAACUUUCACUGACCAGGAGCUGGUCAACUGCGUUGGGGCACCCAGCGAGACAGCCCUUGGCAUCCACUGCGGCGACAUGGGCAUCGAAGGCCACCACCCCCCCCUCCGCUCGAUUCAGAUCGCCAAGGUCAACACCAUGGUGUGCGGCGUCAAGAACGAGCUUGGCGUCAUGUGUGGCACCGUGAUUGCCUUCUUGGGUGGCUCCGGCCAAAUGAAGAAGCACAUCAAGACGAUGCACGGCUUCGACCCCGUUUCCUCCGGUCGGCGCAACUUGACCACCGCCGACAAGGCCACCGCCCGCCGCUCCCUCCUCUGGUAUGUCCUCUCCCAGGAGUGGAAGAGGGCCGCCUUCCUGGACGAGCCCGGUGCCGGUCCCCUUGGCGGCCCGAUCCAGAAGAUCGCGGAUUUUCUGGAGGCCAAGGCUCGCGCUGAUCCCGUCUGGCGCGCCGCGACCGGCGACAAGACUGGUCGUUUCCACCGCUCCCCGCCUGCUACCACCCCGCGCAAGCGCGGCCGCGGUGCUGCUGUCCCGGACCGCUCCCCCUCCCCCUCCCAGGGCCCCCCCCCCCCGUCGAAGAAGCGCCGCCUUAACAAGGCGGCCACGGGCACCAAGGGUGCCGCCCCUGCUGCUACGCGCACCUCCACGCGCCAGGCCCAGCCUUCCAAGAAGGCUGCCGCCAACAAGGCCUGA